UCCCUGGAACCGCGCUAAAUAAACCACUGUAUCUUCCCUAUGAGAACUGACUUGAGGAUAUAUGCUUAUACAAUUGCGUCAAAUAGUCUACCUGAGUCUCUUCACGUUUGGAAUGGGAUCAUUCGUGAGUAUACAACAGUGUAUGCCGAACAUCAUGAAGCGACUAGGCUUAGGGCGGGGACAUCUUUGGCACCAUAGCACUAUCGCUGGUCUCUUGACUCUUUCUUGGCUCUGGUAUAGGAAUUCGAGUUAUUCUUGGAUUUUUCAGGACAUCCUUGGUGGAUUUACCAUUACGUUGAUGCUCAAGGUGCUCAAGGCCCCAUCCAUGUCAUCACCUACGCUUCUUCUCCUGACAGCAUUUGUUUAUGAUGUCUUUUUUGUGUUUGUUACACCGUAUCUCACCAAAUCAGGCGAAUCCAUUAUGGAAGCAGCAGCUACAGGCGCAGCUAUGACUGUCAAGGAGACUCUACCGAUGCUUUUCCGGAUCCCUAGCUUUUCGCCCAGCGGUGGGGAAGCCAUGCUCGGAUUUGGCGAUGUAGUUUUACCUGGAAUCUUUGUUACCUUUCUGAAAGAGAGUGAUGCAAGGUUAGAAGAGGAUCAUUCGCUGAUCCGAUUGGGAAGCUCCACGAUGUCAGUGCGGCUAGAGGCAACUCUACCAUCCUCAUGUUCAUCAUUAAGGACGGAGUGCAGUUCUUCCUCAUCCUGUUGCAGAAAGGAGGGCUGGUGGAGGGGACGGAGGUGGAGCUACCAUUUGACAGCCAUUUUAGGAUAUGCUGUGGGUCUAGAGACGACGUUUGUGGCCAUGAUGUGGAGUAACAAGGGUCAGCCUGCUUUGCUAUAUCUUGUUCCUUGCACAGUAUUACCUGUGCUGGUCCUAGCUUCAAGGCGACAUGAACUAUCCUUGCUGUGGAAUGGCUGGGGGGAUUUGGAGAAGGAAAAUAAUCCAUUUCUAGACGCAGGUGUUGAAAAGAAAGAGGAUGAGCAAAAUGUUCAGAUGUAUGAAAAGCAGACCGAUCCAACCCAUGUCACAAAACUUACUUCGCCACUAGAGAUUUCGAUCUGAUUUGAUCCAUUAAAACUGCAUGUGACUUUUUU